GCGGACCGAGGAGCCUGGCAUCUCCCGCCUACUUGCAGGUUGUUGACUCCCCUUAUUCGACAGUGCACCCCAAGCGCACAGCAAUGUCGUCUGAUAUUGCAGCGUGAGGAGAAAAGGGCCAUCACGCAAGCUUCCAGUGCUCUACUUCGGUAAUCCGUUUGCGGCGGAUUUUUGCCGUGACGGUCCAGUUGUCUCUCGUGGCCGUUCCUGUGUCGUGUUCGGUACCACGUCCGUUCGCAUCAGGCUCUCUCCUGAUUGUCUUGCUCGUUCGCUCACGCCUUUCCCACCUGCUCCUGCUUCGUCCUGGGUAGUAGGCGUGGCAUACACAGCUUUGUCUCUGUGUGUGUGUGUGUGUGUGUGUGUGUGUGUGUGUGAGAGAGAGAGAGAGAGAGAGAGAGAGAGAGAGAGAGAGAGAGAGGAUGGAUCGUAAUUACUCAGUGGGGACGGUGCUUGCGUCUGCUGCCGCAGUGGUAUUGACGGAGGCGGCACUUCGGUUUCUUCGUUUCAAGCCGAAGCCGAAGCCGAAGCUGAAGGGGCCGACAGGAGCGGCCGCCAUGGCGGCGGCGGCGGCGGAAUCGCGCGAUCCUUGUCCUGCCCGCCGUCAGCUCGCCGCCUUGGAGAUUGCCGAAGAAACGGCGGCGGCGCUCGCUUCUCCACGGUGCGCGCCGACGAGCCCCGUGUUUCGCGCCGACUCACCGGGCGGGUUUUACACGCGCUCUGACGGUACUUUGAGGAAGAUGCGUGGCACCUCUAGCAGCAGCGGGUCGCGGGGCGCAGUCCACGCGCAGCUGCUCGCGGAAAGGAAGACUUCUCAGGAACCUGAGUCUCGCUCUGCUGGCAGGGAUCGACGUGACCAGGGCGAGGAAGGGAGGACGGUGGAGGUGCAGCGCGGCGAAGGAAUCGACGCCGGCGUCGCUGGGUAUCCUCCUCCUCCUCUUGCUGUAAGCGAAGCCGGUCAGCGAGAUCAUGAAGGGGGCCAGCGGGAAGUUCUGCCAUUGACACCUUUGUCUCCACGUGUCGGUCUGGAUCUCAACCUAGGUUGCGACGAUGACGCGGCUGUUGUGGAGGACGUCUUCUCCAAGAUCGCUGAUUGCCUCAGCCCUAGGGCUGAUGUUGCCGCCGCCGGAACGUUGGCUGGAGCCGUUCGAAGAGGAAAUGACCCCCGACAGCUGAGACGUGCUACCUCCACCCUACACGAUAUGACCAAGUCAAAGAUUCUGCAGAAUCUGUUAGUGCGUGACCAAGUGGAGGAAACUUUUGACAGUUUUCCUUAUUACGUCGGUGAGGACACGAAAGAGGCGCUUAUUACGUCCUCAUUCAUUCACUUAAAGAGAGCGAGUUUGUCGGAGUGUAUCAAUCUCAAGGACUUUCGAGCUAGCAGCAGCACUAUUCUGUUGUGUGGGCCUGCAGAGUCGAUCGUUUACAUGCAGAAGUUGGCGAAGGCCGUCGCGAAUCACUAUGGUGCCAAUUUCCUCUACGUGGACACAAGCACACUUCUACCAAGCUCGCAGGCUUAUUCGCGAAGCUCCACGAGAAUGCGGCGGACGUCGUUCCCCUCUGGUUUUGGGAAAAGAGGAGGAGAUGCUGUGAGUGGGGAGGAAAGAGGAAGAGGUGUAUCCUCCUCCGCUUCGUCAGUCAAUCUACUAUCGGCAGGAACAGAAGCGUCAGCAGCUGGAAAUGAAGCGGCAGGAGAAGAAACAAAGCCAAAGCCUCGUGGAAUGCACAGACGGUGUAGAUCAGAGGCAGUCUUGGUGGGAAAGGAAAAUCGACAUCCAGCAUCAGUCAUGGAACUGGAGGACUGGGACAUCGAAAGCUUAACAGCAAGCGGUUUGUUGAUGGAUGAGCGGGCUCAGCGGCGGAUCAUUAUUGAAGCGUUGUUUGAGGUUCUGGAGAUGCCAAUGAACUUCGGAGAACCUACGGUGGUGCUCAUCCGGGACCCUGGCGAUGCUCUUUUCAAUGAUGUUAGCAGUUGCCUGUUCUUCAAGGAUAAGGUGGAGAGGCAUGAAGGGCCAAGUGUAUUCUUCAAAACUGCAACAGAGACACAAAGCAAUUCAAAGCGGCAAAAGCUGCAGGACGUGGAAGGUGCCUCUGGAACACAGAAGGAGGAAGCUUGUGAAGAUUUUGACAAAUUGGCUAAACUCGUUUUCCCGAAGAAGAUUGCAAUCCAGCCACCUAAGGAGCCUGAAAAGAUGUCAGAGUGGAGGAAACAACUGGAUGCGGACAUAAAAUGCACUCUCAUCGAGGACAACAAAAACUUCCUGGCAGCGUUUCUUCAAGAGAAUGGUGUUAUAUGCCAAGACGUGGGGAAGUUGUCAAUGACUGAUAUACCGCUAACACAAAAAGAUGCAGAAGAGAUUGUUGGGUGGGCAGUAACCAGCUAUUUAAUGCACACAGCAGUACCUGAUCACCAUGACGGAAGACUCGUGCUACCUUUCGAGCGGCUGGAAUGUGGGUUGAAGCGAUUUCUAGCUCGUCGCCGCGAGAACGAUGGCGCAGAAGCGGCUCUGAGGAAAUCUGAAGUCUCAGAGAAGACAAGUACGGCAAAGAAGAGCACAGACCCAGCAACAGAGAAGCGCACUGAAGCGGAGUCAGCCAAAGCACGGCAGGGUCCAUCCUCCACCUCUAGUGGCGAACGCACGUUGGACACUGCAAAGCCGUCCUCGGAACCUGAGAAGAAGAAGACCGCUACGACGGCCACCUCGACUACCCCGGCUGCCUCGACAGAGCCAGCAAAGAAACCUGUUACAGCUGCUCCUAAGGAGCCGGAGCCAGCGGCAGACAAUGAAUUUGAGAAGAAGAUAAGGUCUGAAAUGAUCGCGCCUGGGCGAGUAGGUGUGUCCUUCGAUGACAUCGGUGCGUUGGACAAAGUAAAGCAAACACUGCGAGAGCUCGUGAUGCUCCCACUCAAGCGACCUGAAAUUUUCAGCCGGGGGAAGCUCAUGAAGCCAUGCAAAGGUAUUCUCCUGUUCGGUCCGCCAGGUACUGGGAAGACUAUGCUGGCCAAAGCCGUUGCAACUGAAGCGGGUGCAAGCUUCCUGAAUGUCUCCAUGUCUACCAUCACAUCGAAGUGGUUUGGCGAGGAUGAGAAGAAUGUCCGAGCCCUCUUCACCUUGGCUGCCAAGGUCGCACCAACUAUAGUCUUCAUCGAUGAGGUGGAUAGCAUGUUGGGAAGGAGGACGCGUGUUGGGGAGCACGAAGCAAUGCGAAAGAUUAAGAAUGAGUUCAUGAGUCAUUGGGACGGACUUACCUCGCAAGAGGAUGUGCGGGUGCUCAUUCUUGCAGCAACAAACAGGCCCUUCGAUCUAGACGAUGCCAUCAUUCGACGCUUCCAGAGAAGGAAGGGUGGGAGAAAGAGGGAGGAUGAAGAAGGAGAAGCAUGUUUGGGCCGAUCGAAACAAAGGAGGCAGCAUGAGGAGCAGCGAGGACGAGGAGGAACAACGAAAAAGAGGAGCAGCGAGGGGACGAUGAGAAUGGAGGAAAGAGGAAUAUGGAACAAAAGGAGAAAGAGGGAUGAAAGGGAGGAGGACAAUAAUCAUGGCAGACGGCGAGAAUUCAUGGAGGGGGGGAGAGGAUGUAGGGAGGAGGUUUCCAAGGGGAGGAGGACAUCGCACAAGGGGGAGGAGGAGGUUGGGACGAGGGGGAUGAGGAGGUCGCACAAGGAGGAGGACGUUGUGCGAGGGGGAAGCGGACGUCUUGACAAGGAGGAGGAGGUUGGAGGAGAGGUGGGAGGAGGUCAUGCAAGGGGGAAGCAGACAUCCCGACGAGGAGGAGGAGGAGGAGGUGCGAGGGGGAUGAGGAGGUGGGUGGAGGACGCGUGAGGGGGAGGAGGUUGCACAAGGAUUAGGAGGACGUUGUGUGAGGGGGGGAAAGAUCGAGCAAGGGAGAGG